AUGGUGGAAUCAGAGAGGUUAAAAUUCUUUAGGUGUAAACAACUACAGUUGAGGGUUUAUAAAUACAAAUGUCUGCAUGAAAGUCUUAAAAAUGGGGAUGUAGAUGUUGCAAUGCUUGGCAAAAGAAUCAUUCUUCCCAGUACUUUACCGGUGGACCUAGGAUAUCCUAACUAUUUUAUCACUAUGACCUAUAACCCUGAAAGGGAUGGGAUAAAAAGAGAAGUGACUCCCAUUGGAUUGAAGGCAGAAGACCGCCCUGAUAUAUUGUGUCAAGUUUUCAAGAUUAAGCUUGAUGGUUUGAUUGAUGACCUAAAAGAGGAAAAAAUCUUUGGCAAAAUUUUGGGAUAUGUUUGCACUAUAGAGUUUCAAAAGAGAGGACUUUCGCAUGCACAUAUCCUUUUAUUCAUGAGUAACAAGUUCAAGCCACAAACACCAGAUGACAUAGACAAACAUAUAAAAGCUGAGAUUCUGAUGAAAAUGAAAGGCCAAAUCUACAUGGAGCUAUUCAAAAUUAAAUGGUACAUUUCGGCAUGUGAGGCAGUUUUGUAUUUAUUUGGAUACAAAAUCCAAGAGAAAGAACCAUUUGUGAUUAGACUUCCAUUUCAUUUGAAGGAUGAGCAACUUGUGGUUUAUAGUGAAACUUCUAAUGUGAAUGAUAUCAUCGAAAGAGCAAUAUCUCAUAAGUCCAUGUUUUUAGGGGUGGAUGGCGGCGAACAUGUCAUAUCCCUAUGCUCGAAGUCUGACUUAUGCUAA